AUGCAUUCCAUCACUUCCUUGCUCGCUCUCUUGGCUACAACUGCGAUAGCCUCACCUGUGACCCUGAAUGAAGCUUCCACCUUGGAGACUCGCGAAGCCAACGUGUACAAGCGCUUCGAAUCCUUGAACCCACUCAACAAACGCGAGAUCAAUCCCAACACUGUCAACGCGCUCACCCCCGAGCAGCUCACUGCCCAACGAAAUGCACUUUUGCUCGCACAAUCCGAGACUGCCCGAGAAGCCAUCCUAUUCCCCAAUGCCCCCAACGCUGCCAACGAUACGUUUCAGUACAUCAACAACACCGUCCUCCCUCCAACCGGUGGCACCAUCUUCCUCUCAACCAUCAACAACUUCCCCGCUCUCGGCGCAACAGGUCUCUCCCAGGCCGUCGGCUUCGUCAACCCUUGUGGCCUCAACACACCACACUGGCACCCUCGCGCCAACGAAUUCCUAACCGUCACCCAGGGUACCCUAAUCGGCGCCCUCCUCCUCGAAAACGACAGCGGCUUCGGAAACGUAGUCGGGGGCGCCAAACCCGUCGUCGGACCCUUCACCCAGAUCGAAACCUCGCUGUCCAACUACACCGGUAUGCUCUUCCCCAAGGGCCUCGUGCACUGGCAAUUCAACCCAGAGUGCGAGCCUGCCGUCUUCGUGGCUGGUUUCGAUAUCCCUGAUCCAGGCCGGGUCGAGGCUGCCCGUGCUUUCUUCUCUGGAGAGCCGGAUGAGGUGCUUGCUGCCAGCGUUCGAUACUCGGAGUUUUUGACGCCUGCGCAGAUUAAGGGACUCAGGCCUACCCUUACCAGUGACUUUACUAGUAUUGUGGAGUCUUGUGCUAAGAAGUGUGGUAUUCCUUUUGAGUGA